AAGGGAAGGGGAUAAGGAGAGCCUUAAUCGGCCCCUAUAAUAUAAUUCUACACCGGCGCGGCGCUGCUGGAUACUUCUGAUCAAUAGAACUGGGUGAGGAGUCAGCCAAAAAGGUUUUUGAAUCAGAGACAUGGAUGGAGGAGAAAUAGAGAAUAUAAAGAGGUGGAUAGUGUUCUACCCAAUUUACAUAAACUCGAAGAAAACGGUGGCGGAAGGGAGGCGGAUAAGCCUCGCCAACGCAUGCGAAAAUCCCACGUUCACCGAGAUCGCCGACUGCUGCGCUCAUCUCAAGCUCCCUAAUGCUAUUGAGCUAGAUAAGGCUUAUCCGCGCGACUUCAUGCAAAGAGGGAGAGUGAGGGUAUUGCUGAAAAGGGAGGAUGGGACUCUCUGCAAUCCAGCCAUUUCUUCCAGGUGCUGGCCGAGCAUUUCUGCUGGUGGGGAUUUGAAAAUGUUCUAUGAUGGAAGAAAUACGAAGGACUCUUGCCUUGAAGUGGUCUAUAGAAUGUAUUGGCUCUGUUAUCACAUUCAUACCUAUAAGAAAACUCAGCUGGUAGAAAUAUUAAUCAAUAAAGUUGAGACAUCAGUGAGAUUUCCUCCUACUUUGAGGGCAUUUACAUGCUCUGUUUCUGCAUGGCUUAAGAGCAGAGGUUGAGGGAUAUUGCUCUCAAGGAGGAAAUGAAGAUACAUGAUGCUGACAUUUGAACCACUCUGACCUUAUUAGGGUUGACCAGUUCUUUAUCAAGGUUUGUACUUGUAAAACCUCAUCAGAGUUAGCAAUGUGGUAAUUGUUGCA